AUGCUUCCAAUGGCAAAUACACAUCUUUAUAAACCGAACCUUGUCAUCGUCAUCUCUGGACCGUCCGGUUCAGGCAAAAGCACCGUAAUUGAUGCCCUCUGCAAAACGGAUGAAACCUUACAACUAUCCGUCUCCGCAACAACGCGUAAGCCACGUCCCGGCGAAAAAGAUGGCGUUAAGUAUCACUUCCUGUCAAAAGCGGACUUUGAAAAGUAUAUUCAGCAGGACCGCUUCUUAGAAUGGACAGCAUACGGCGACAACCUCUACGGUACACUCAAAUCUGAAAUUGCCGCCGCACGUGAAGCCGGGAAAGACUCUAUUUUAGAGAUUGAGGUAAACGGUUGCUGGGAAAUUCGAGCGCAAGACCAAAACCUCGCUCCGGCAAGAAGCAUCUUCAUCUUUAUCGUCCCACCAUCAUUCGCCAUCUUGGAGGAACGCCUCCGUCGCAGAAAAACAGAAUCGGAAACGGAACUGAAACAACGAUUGGACAUAGCGAAAUCUGAAGUUGAAGUCCUCAAGACUGCAGAAUACUAUGAUUACUGGGUUAGCAACCCAGAGGGCACAGUCCAACAGGCAGUUGACCACAUUCAGGCUAUCAUAACCGCUGAACGAUGCCGCAUCGAUGCCAAAUUCAUAGAGACAAUUAACAUUAACGCCCUUCUCAGUGCUGACUGCAGUGAUUAA